UGUGCUCUUUCGCCCUCGCCACUCCUCUCCCCACUUAUAAAUACGAGCGGCCACCGCCCAACCCACAACUCUCUCCACACGGUGUUGGAGCGAUGGGCUCGAUCUCAGACCCACCCCUUCUGUCCGACUUCACCCAACUCCUCCGGAGUUGCCCCACCGUCUCCUCCUCCUCCUACUCCCCCUCCUCUCCGGCCCUGAAUGCCGAUGUGGUGACGCCCCGGGAGUGCGAGCUCCCGGUCAUCGACCUGAGUGGGCUGCGCAGCGAGUGCAAGGCGGAGAGGCGGUCGUGCGCAGCGGCAAUCUGCAGGGCCUCCACGGAGUGGGGAUUCUUCCAGGUGGUGAACCAUGGGAUCAGCAGCGAGCUGCUCGGGGAGAUGAGGAGGGAGCAGGGGAAGCUGUUCGAGACACCCUUCGAGACCAAGGCCCGCUCUGCCCUCCUCAACAACUCCUACCGCUGGGGCAAUCCUGCCGCCACCUCCCCUGCCCAAUUCUCCUGGUCCGAGGCCUUCCACGUCCCCCUCACCAAAAUCUCCGAUCCCUCUUGCUACGGGCCGUUCAUCUCUCUCGGGGGAGUAAUGAUGGAGUUCGCUGCUGCCAUGUCUAGGCUGGCCAGGACGCUGGCGGGGGUCCUGGCGGAGAACCUCAGGCAUCGGGACUGCAGCGCAUUCGACGAGACAUGCCACGAGAGCACGUGCUUCCUCCGGCUGAACCGCUACCCCGUGUGCCCGCUCUCGCCGGAGAUGUUUGGGUUGGUGCCCCACACGGACAGCGACUUCCUGACCAUACUUUACCAGGACCAAGUGGGAGGCCUCCAGCUCCUCAAGGACUCCCGAUGGGUCGCCGUCAAGCCCAACCGAGACGCUCUUAUCGUCAACAUCGGAGACCUUCUUCAGGCGUGGAGCAACGACGUGUACAAGAGCGUGGAGCACAAGGUGAUAACGAACGACCAGGUGGAGAGAUACUCUGUCGCCUACUUCCUUUGCCCUUCGUACGACUCUCCGAUCGGGAGUUGCACAGAGCCCUCCGUCUACAGAAAGUUCACUUUCGGCGAGUACCGGAAGCAAGUCCGAGAGGACGUCAAGAGAAACGGCCACAAAGUUGGUCUCCCACGUUUCAAGCUACAAAUGAGUGCAUAAAGACAGUUCGUUUGAUUGAAAUAUACGAAAGCCAUCCUAUGCGGACUUCCAUCUUUUAUACCAAUGCACAAUUCUGAGAAAUUAUUGGUUUAUUAAAAGAAAAUGAAGAAGGAGAAGAAGAAAAAAGGGAAGAAAAGAGACGGAGGACAAUUUUUCUAGGUGUCUUACGAUGUAUCUGUAAAUCUAUAGCAUACCAUCUAUACUCUGCAGCCUCCAAAAAAGCAAAGAAAGGGGCGGCACAUCAUGUGUAAGUCAAUAUGGCCUUUGUAUAAGAUCUUUUUGACAGACAAUAUUAGUACUUA